AUGUCUGUGGACUCGGGAGGGGAGGACCCUCCGGAAACCAGUUUAACAAUAGGACGAAUCCCCAACAUCUUUACCGAUGGUGUGGAACAAGCCGAGGGGGAAAAAAUUACUGCACAGCAAUUAAGUGAUAGCAUAUUUUUUAAUCCCUUAAAAACUGUUCGAUCCAAGGACCCGGUGAAGCCAAAAAUAAAAAAUCCCUUUGUGGAUGAACAAUUAACUAAACUGGAUGGUGGAAGGCUCCUAAAUAUUAAAGCUGCAUUAGCAAAUGUUCAAAAGAACAUUUCUUUCGUAGGCACUCUGUCGAUGGAAAAUGAUACUAGGACCAUUUUGCUGGGAGAUGAUGUACGUGUUCCUAUGGGCUCUGCACUUGGCCAUCAAGCUCGUGCCCAUGCAGACCAAGUUACCAUUCAUUUGCCUGAACUGGAUGAAGUACCAAUUGAUUUGCCUGUAGAGAACAAAGAUAUGGUGGACAUAUUAAUAGGUAUGCCACCAGUUCACAACCGUUCUCUACAGGAACUAUCUUUUGCCGAAGCGGCUGAUAUCGAGAAGCAGACGAGACAACAGAGCCAAUUGGAUUUAUGGUGGGAGUUGAGGAAAUUCCGAUUUACGGCAUCCAAAUUUGGAUACGUAUGCAAACGUAGAUUAUUUAAUGAGGAAUUCAUUAAACAGUUUACUUCCAGAGGAGAAUCUCUUUCCCACGUUGCGGCCAUCACGCAUGGACGGAAGUACGAAGUGGUUGCCGCCGAAUAUUUUGUAAGUCAAAAUUUAAAUUUAAAAUUUUUUAAAUGUGGGCUCAUCAUCCAUCCAUAUGCACUUCAUUUGGGAGCUAGCCCAGAUGGGAUUAUUUUCGACAGUAAGAUCGAUAGCUAUGGUCUAUUAGAGAUUAAGUGUCCUUACAGCGGCAAGGCUAACAAUUUAUGUGAAUACUUAAAUUUAAAAACAUUUUGCUUAAAAAAAGAUGAAAAUAAUGUCCUCUGUUAAAAAAAACCACGAGUAUUAUUACCAGGUGCAGGGACAGAUGUUGGUGUCUGGAUUAAAAUGGACCGAUUUUAUAGUAUAUAUACAUAAAACCGAAGAAGUUGUUCAUGAACGUAUUCAUUUUGACUUGGAAUUUUGUGAAAAAAUGUAUGUAAUGU